CUCGCUCCCUCCCGGGCUGCGGCUGCUGCAACGGGGCGGCGGUGGCAGCAGCAGCGGGAGCAGUCUAGAAGCCGGCGUCGAGGUGAGACGGGGAUGGACAGAGGCUGCGGGAUUGCUGCUGUCUCUGCUGCUCCAUCCACUCCAUUGAGGUCCUCUCCUCUCUCCCCUCUCAAGAUGGCAGCCAGCAGCUCUGAGGUCUCGGAGAUGAAGGUGAUAGAAGAGGGUCCCCAAACCCAAGGAGAAGGGCCUGGCCAUUCUGAAGCCGAAACUGGCCCUCUCCAGGUCCCAGCUGGGGUCCCAGAUGAGCCAGAGGCCCUGCAGCCCGGCCCAGACGACACUGGGGCCCCUGUGGACUCAGAAACCAAAGCUGGACUGGUUCCAGAAACCACAGAGACCCUAACUGGGGCCCCAGGAACAGCCCAGGCCAGAGACCUCAGCUCAAGUCCAGGAGGGGAGUCAAAUGCCAACCCCAGCCCCAAAGAAGCACACCAAGAGCCGGCACCCAAACCAGAAGCAAAUAAAGAGGCCACUGCAGACCAGGGGUCUGAUCUGGGGUCUGCAGCCCCACUUGAGCCAGCCUCAGAGUCUGCUCCCCAGCUGGACACCCAGUCAGACCCUCAGCCAGACUGCCAGCCAGAUUCCCAGCCCACCCCCAAGUCAGCUCUUCAGCCAGAGCCCCCUACCCAGGAGGACCCCACCCCUGAGGUCCUGACUGAGAGUGUGGGGGAAAAGCAAGAAAAUGGGGCAGUGGUUCCCCUGCAGGCUGGCGAUGGGGAAGAGGGCCCAGCCCCUCAGCCUCACUCGCCACCCUCAACAAAAACCCACCCAGCCAAUGGGGCUCCUCCCCGCGUGCUGCAGCAGCUGGUUGAGGAGGAUCGACUAGGAAGGGCUCACAGUGGGCAUCCAGGAUCUCCCAGAGGUAGCCUGAGCCGCCACCCCAGCUCCCAGCUGGCAGGGUCUGGGGUGGAGGGGGGUGAAGGCACCCAGAAACCUCGGGACUACAUCAUCCUCGCCAUCCUGUCCUGCUUCUGCCCCAUGUGGCCUGUCAACAUCGUGGCCUUCGCUUAUGCUGUCAUGUCCCGGAACAGCCUGCAGCAGGGGGACGUGGAUGGGGCCCAGCGUCUGGGCCGCGUGGCAAAGCUCUUAAGCAUCGUGGCGCUGGUAGGGGGGGUCCUCAUCAUCAUCGCCUCCUGCGUCAUCAACUUAGGCGUGUAUAAGUGAGGGGCUCUGCCCCGCAUUCCAAGAUUUUUCUUCCUGUUGGGAGCUGCCUUGGGCCCAUCCUCCCCUGGGGGGAGCCCAAUCGAUGGCCCAGGCCCGCACCCAUAGGGACCAAGGGAGCCUGAGCGGCCUUGUUUACAGCCAGCUUCUUUCCUGCUCCUGCAUCCUGCCAGGCUCCUGUGCCAACCGUAGGCCUCUCUUCUUCCUGCACUGUUUCCAACCUCCCUGCACUUCUGCCUGCAUCCCCUCCAGCCUCUUGGCCUCCCUAUCCCUGCACUUCUGGAAACCUCCCUGCACUUCUGGAAAUCUCCCUGAAGGUCUCACAAACUCUCUCUGCUCUCACCCUCCCUGCACUCCUCCCAACUUCCCGAAUUCCCUGCACCUCAGCCCCAGUGUCCCCCUUUCAACUUUCACUGUCGUGGCAUAUUUCCCCAUUCCUUUCUUCCUUCUCCCCGGUAUCAUCUCUCCUUCCCCUUUCACACCUUCUGCCCCCUUCCUGCCUCAUCUCUCCUCAGCAUUUCUUCCUCCCCUCAGGAUCCUUUCCUCUUCCCUCUUGCCACCGUUUUCUCUGCAAAAACUCCAGCACGUAGGUCAGGCUGGGGGAGGGGAGCGGUAUCAGGGGAGGGCUCCCCAGCCUGGGUUCCGACUAUUUUCUGCUGGGCCCACCCAGGUCCUGACGCCCCCGGAGCGCCUCUGGGUCGCAGAGCUGGCAAGCCAGGCCUUGUCUGGGGACUUGUGCAGGGUGUCGUGCACUGUUGCUAGCUCUGUUCUGAACACGCACCUGCGAGGAGGAAGGGGCGUGGCUGUUGACCCUCUCCGGUCAGCCCGAGUUGACCUGCCCCACCUGGGCUUUUUAACCCGGUCAGCGAGUUUCUUAAAGGCGUCGGGACUGGGGUCAUUCACGUGCUUUGUAGCGAAAGAACCCCGAAAUAGAUCCAAAGCUCCCAGAUGCAGGGAGCGAAUGAGGGGCGGGAAGCUCUAUAAUUAUUUUCCAAGAGGACGAGAGAGGUUUGUUGCACGCGACAGUCCGCUAGGGAGGCGGGGACCGAGCUAUGACGCUGUUUGGAGUUGGCGGGUUUUGUUUUCUUAAAAAAAAAAAAAAAAAAAAAAAAAAAAAAAAAAAAGCGUGGGGGAACACUAAAAGUCUUUAAAAAAAAAAGAUACAUCAAACAGAUUCUCCCUCUUUGUAUGCCGGAUGCUGCAUGAGUCUGAAACACCAAUAAACGGAGACUGCAUGAGA